AUGUUCGUUGGGCUGCUCAUCCGUUUCACAGACUCCACCCUCCAAGACAGGGUCGCCUUCGACUACCAAUUCUUCUUCAACCUCCUCCUUCCACCGAUCAUUCUCGCCUCCGGCUAUGAGCUCCAUCAGGCGAAUUUCUUCCGGCAUAUCGGCACGAUUCUCACGUUCGCGUUCGCCGGUACCUUUAUCUCCGCAAUUGUGCUCGGUCUGGUUCUGUAUCUGUGGACGCGGAUUCCGUUGAACGGAUUGAACAUCUCCUUCGUCGAAGCCAUCUCGGUCGGCGCAACUCUCUCCGCGACGGAUCCGGUCACAAUUCUAGCUAUUUUCAACCUCUACAAGGUCGAGCCGAAGCUAUACACUAUUAUUUUCGGCGAGUCCAUCCUGAACGAUGCUAUUGCUAUUGUGCUCUUUGAGACGGCACAGCGAUACCACGAGAGCGCAGCUGGCUCCCUGACCUUCUUGAACUUAUUUGAAGCCGUCGGGCUCUUUUUGCUCGUCUUCUUUGGUAGUAUGGUGGUGGGAAUGCUGGUCGGAAUCGUUACAGCGUUGGGUCUUAAAUACACACUCUUGACUACUAAGUACCUGUUCCAGGUGAUGGCCCAGCUAUCGGAGAACUUUAUCUUCAUUUACCUCGGUCUCGAUCUCUUCGUUGAGCCCAACCUUCGCUUCAACCCGCUGUUCAUUAUGGUCGCAGUAUUUGGAAUCUGUCUCGCCCGCUAUCUGGCGGUGUUCCCACUUUCUAAGGCCAUUAAUUGGUUCAUUCGUUACCGAGCACGCCGCCGUGGUGUGGAAGUUGCCGAUGAGCUGCCUUUUGCCUACCAGGCGAUGCUCUUCUGGGCUGGACUGCGUGGUGCUGUCGGUGUUGCGCUUGCAGCAGGUCUUUCUGGAGUCAACGCCCCUGCCCUCCGAGCCACGGUCCUUGUUGUCGUCGUGUUAACCGUCAUCAUCUUCGGCGGAACCACAGCACGUAUGUUGGAAAUUUUGGGUAUUCGAACGGGUGUGAUCGAAGAACUGGACUCGGAUGAUGAAUUCGACACCGAGGUGACUCAUGGUGGCACCUACUAUAAGCGCUCCGGUACCAGCUUGGGAUAUAUCCCACGACGAAGCGACUCAGUGAUCCCUCUCGACGGCGUGGCCACUGCUUCACGUGACGGACAGCCAGAGCGAACACACAGCUACUCCAGUGGAAACAACCGCCGCCCGAGCCCACCAUAUACCCACACACGAAUGUACUCCGCCGCAUACAGCACCAAAGACCAGUCCUGGCGCGAUCGUCAGUCCGCUGCGACCUUACUCAACGGCGGAGCUGGGCCGAGCGCUGGCGAAGCCAGCGAUGAUGAGCUCGGCCUGCCACCCUCCCGUAACGGCCGCUCCCAUGAGCCCGCCCACCCAGAUGAGUUCGACCUCGACAUCGAGGGCAUCUCUGACGAUGACCUCCCACCCGCUGCAAGUGGAUCCUCGCGUCUCCGCCGUUCCGCCUCUCAGCCCCCUCAGCCUCCAGCCGUUCCAUCCCCCAAUACUGCAGCAUCAUCCAGUGUCUCGCCCGCCCGCCAGCCGACAGGGAUGUCUGCCCGGGACGCUUUGCGGGACUUGUUCUCAGGUGGUGCUUCAGGCGAUCACGCGGCUUGGUUCCGGCAGCUUGAUGAGGACUACAUCAAACCCACGCUUUUGCUGGACCAGUCGAAUCAUAAGGGCCCCGGACCCGGUGCGGUUUGA